AUGAAAGCAACCAACCUCAUCCCACCCACAUCUCUCCAGUCCCUACUUCAGCCACAUCUUGCUACGCCUACUUCUCUUUAUAAUUAUAACAACCCAGAUGACAAUUUGUUCAUUUUUCCGUACCACCACAAUCAAAUUUACUCGACUGAUAAAAACAGCCAUCAACAGUACCUCAAUCAAAAUUUUCAUCCGAAUGUUGACGACGACGAUUAUCAACUGAUUGACAAUCAAUCGUUCGGUCUCAACGAACUAACGAAUGCGGUUUUCGACUCAAUAAACCAGGCUAAUAAUUCUGUUAAAAAAAGACCGACCACGUCAAACAGGAAAGAACGGAGAAGAACUCACAGCAUCAAUGCAGCUUUUACUGCGCUCAGAAAUUGCAUACCAAACGUGCCCUCAGAUACGAAACUAUCAAAAAUCAAAACUUUGCGGCUUGCGACAAGUUACAUAGCGUUUUUGAUGAAUGUUUUGGAUAAAAAUGAUCCUAAGCUCGCUGAAAAAGGAUUCAUAGCUGACAUGUCAUCGUCAAGAAGAAAUGAAAACAGAGAUGAGAAAAGAAGAAGGGAAGCUCAGGAAAUAUUAAAGGCAACAAUGAAAAUGGUUGAGAAGCCACCGAAAGGCAGGACAGGCUGGCCCCAGCAGGUGUGGGCGUCAGAACUCAAAUGA